AUGGAGGAUUUGUCUUCUGAAAAUCAGCAAAUAAAUGUUUAUGAGAAACAUAGCGAAGGAAAUGUAUUCAAAAGUAAGGAUGAAUUGCUCAACUGGGUACGUGAAGUUGGAAAGAGAAAUGGUUUGGUCAUUGUAAUCAAAACAUCAGACUAUGGUGGAAGGAAAAAAAGACCCAGGAAGUAUCUUGCUUGUGAGAGAAGUGGCCAAUAUAGAGCGACAAAGAAGUUAAAACAUGAUGACAACAAUAUAUCAAGAAUAAUCGGUAUGAAGAAGUGUGGUUGUCCUUUUGAUAUGAGGGCUCACAGGUUUACCACACAUGAUGAAUGGACAUUGACCGUAGUAUGCGGAUUGCAUAACCAUCCACCUGCGGAGCACCUUGAGGGACAUUCAUAUGCGGAGAGGCUAUCAAAGGAUGAGAAAACAUUGUUAAUGGAUAUGUCAAAGAGCAUGGUUCGGCCAAAAGAAAUCCUAGUAACCUUGAAACAUCGAGAUGCCCUCAAUGUAAGCACACUUAAAACCAUUUACAUUGUACGCCAUCGAAAAAAGGUGGUACGGAGAGCUGGAAGAUCACAGAUGCAACACUUAUUGGGUGAAUUGGCCAAGUAUAAUUACAUUGAGCGCCAUCGAUCUGAAGAGUCCAUGAUGACUGUGACAGACUUGUUUUUGGCACAUCUUACCAGUUUAGACUUAUCACGGUCUUUCCCACGUAUAUUAAUUAUGGCUUGCACAUAUAAAACCAACAGAUAUCGUCUUCCUCUUCUUGAAAUUGUGGGAGUGACAUCAACUGAAAUGACUUUCUCUAUAGUUUUCGCAUACUUACAAUAUGAGAGGGCCGAUAACUAUGCGUGGGUGUUAGCUACAUUGCGUGAUGUCAUGGAUGGUUUUGUUGUGCCAACAAUUAUUGUUACUGACAGAGAGCUAGCCUUGAUGAAUGCCAUACAGAAGAUAUUCUCGAGUGGCAGACAUUUAUUAUGUCGUUGGUAUAUCAAUAAGACUGUAUUGACCAAAUGCAAGAAAAUGUUUGAGACACAACAGAAAUGGGAGAAGUUCAACCAUGAUUGGAACUCUUUAAUGUAUUCAUCUUCUGAAAUUCAAUACGAUGAGCGUCUUAAAUCAUUACUUAAGGAAUUCAGUAGUUAUCCUGAUGCAGUCAAAUACGUCAUGGAUACUUGGUUGGUUCCUUACAAGGAGAAAUUUGUAGCGGCAUGGACAGACACGUGUAUGCAUUGUGGCAAUGUCACAACGAACCGGGUUGAGAGUGCACAUGCAAAACUUAAAAGACAAUUGGGUUCAUGUCAAGUCUCAUUUCAGUCAUUAUUUGAGAAAAUACACAGUCUGCUUGAGUUGCAACACAUUGAUAUCAAGGCUUCAUUUGAGAAAAGUCUAACUGUUGUGCAACAUCAAUUUAAACCUUCUCAGUUCAGGGAGCUACAGGGUAAUGUGUCUAUCUUUGCAUUAGAGUAUUUGCUUGUAGAGAGUAAGAGAGCCAAUUCCAUUAGUAUUGAUGUUGAAGCUUGUGGAUGCGUUCUUCGCCACACUCAUGGUUUACCUUGUGCCCAUGAGAUUAUUGACUACAUCAGACAAGAUCGUCCUAUACCACUUGCUACCAUACACUCACAGUGGAGGCAACUUCAUAUCUCCAUAUGCAAGAAAGAAGAGGAAGCGAAGGUGAGUUGUCAUGCAGAAGUAGAGUUGUUUGUGAACAAGUUUACUGAAAGUGAUAGAACCAUGCGGUUAGAGCUUUUGAAGAAGUUGAAAGAGAUUGUAUAUCCAAGAAGCACUUUUCUUGUUGAGCCGGAGGUGAAGCCCAAAACACGUCCUCGGGAUCAUAAGAAGAUCAAUGUUUCUACCCGUCGUGACCCGUGUUCAUUUGAGUUGGUGCAAUCUGGACAUGAUUUCGUCUCACCUGGGGACACUCAAAUCACUACAUUAGCUUCUACUCUGGAAACCAAGAAGAAGCGACCUGUUAAGGGAAAGGAGAGGUUGAAACCAUACAUUAAGUUUGUUAAGGAUAUAACUGCAGAUAGGAAUUGUGGUUUCAGGGCUAUAGCUGCUUUAAUUGGUCAUACAGAAGAUGAUUGGGCUCAGGUUAGGCGUGACUGUUGGGUGAGCUGCACACACACAAAGAGGAAUACAUUACACUUUAUGGGCCCUACAAAAGGUUUGAAGAAUUGA